AGUCAUUCAAGGCAGUGAGACAGUACAGAGUGGAGUGUGUGUGUGUGUGUGUGUGUGUGUGUGUGAGACACACUGAUAAUAAUGAAGAUAACACGGUUGAUGUUGCUCAUGAUUUUAAACCUUGCGUCUUUAAAUGUGGCCAAACGUAUUGGAGUGUUUGCUCCCGGGAAUAUCAUCAUCGGGGGACUUUUUCCCAUCCACACCGUAGUGGAGCAGCCAGGUAACUUCUCUGAUCUCCAGACUGCCUGCACCAUCCUGAGUCCGGCCGGUCUGGCUCAUUCCCUGGCCAUGAUCCAAGCAGUGGAAACUGCAAACCUCUCACCUGCAUUAACACACCUGGGCAUAACUCUUGGAUAUCACAUCCACGACACAUGUUCAGACGUCACCACCGCGCUCAGAGCCACCAAGGAUUUUACUGGCGACUGCACAUCUGGAACAGACACAUCCCAAUACGUCCGGCCCGUAAACGCAGUGAUUGGCGCGUACCAUUCUGAGACGUCCAUUGCUGUGGCAAGAGAGCUCAACCUGCAGCUCAUACCUCAGAUAAGUUACGCUUCCACAGCAGACAUUUUGAGUGAUAAGAGUCGUUUCCCGGGUUUUUUGCGCACCGUCCCAAGUGACGUGCACCAGACGAGUGCCAUGGUUCAGCUCCUGAGUGAGAGGAAGUGGACCUGGGUGGGUUUCCUGACCACGGAUGGAGACUACGGACGUGCUGCUUUGGACAGUUUUGUUUCUCAGGCAACUAAAGCCGGCAUCUGUGUGGCCUUCACAGAAAUCCUCCCUGACUCUCUGAGCAAUAAACACAAGCUGGAGGCCACAAUCACUCACACUGUUCACACCAUCCAUACAAACCCAAAGGUGAGAGUCAUCGUGUCGUUCGCCAAACCAGAGCACAUGAAGAGUGUGUUUAGUUUGCUGAUGGAGCUCAGCGCAGACCAGCGUCUCUGGAUCGCAAGUGAUAACUGGUCCAUGGCGGGAGAUGUGCUCAGUCCGGAGCAGCUGGAGCGUGUUGGAUGGGUGCUGGGCUUUUCAUUCAAAAACAAAAACAUCACAAACUUUGAGGAAUUUGUAAAACGUUUAGAACUGAACAGUGAAGUUCAGAGGAACAACUCAUUUCUCAAAGAGUUUUAUUCCUCUUUUGCAACCUCAGUGAAUGCAAGUGAGACAGUGAAUGCAGUGGUUUCUACCAGUGCAGAUAAGCUGAUAGCAAGUGCUCAGGUGGGCGUGGUGUUCAGCGUUCAGAUGGCGGUGAACGCGAUCGCUCAGGCAGUGGCGCUCAUCUGCAAAAACGACUGCAUGGCUUCAGGACCUGUAAUACACCAAGAGCUGUUGUCUGCGUUAAGGACCAGAAGCUUCGAGUUGGAUGGCGUCUUCUAUGAGUUUAACGAGGAUGGAGACAUUAACCUCGGCUAUGACGUCUCUCUGUGGAACACUGAUGGAGGAAACGUGGAGACGCUGAAUGUCGUAUCUCACUAUCAGCUGUCAGACAGCAGCCUGAACACCACCACCUUAACACUGAGUUUGGUGUCUAAAUGCUCAAACAGUUGUGAACCGGGACAGUUUAAAAAAAGUGCUGAAGGUCAAUACACCUGCUGUUAUGAGUGUAUCGACUGUGCAGAGAAUCAGUACACCAACAACACAGACAUGGAUCAAUGCUACAGCUGUGACGUGAACAGUGAGUGGGCGGAGUCAGGCAGUUCAGUGUGUAAGAAGAAGGAGGUGGAGUUUUUCUCCUGGAGUGACCCCUUUGCUGUGGUGCUGGUCUCUCUCUCAGUUCUCGGUGUGGUUGUGGUUUUUGCUGUAUCGGUUCUUUUCUUGCAGCACCGAGGUUCUCCAGUGGUGAAGGCAGCUGGCGGCUCGUUGUGUCAGUUAAUCCUGGUGUCUCUGAGUGGAAGCUUCGCAAGUGCUGUGCUGUUCGUGGGAAAGCCGACGGCUCUGCAGUGUAAAGUGCGUCAGGUUCUUUAUGGCCUCAGUUUCACUGUGUGUGUGUCCUGCAUCCUGGUCAAAUCUCUGAAGAUCCUGCUGGCAUUCCACAUGAACCUGAUUCUAAAACAGCUGCUCCAUCGCCUCUAUAAGCCCUACACUAUUGUGAGCAUGUGUGUGGCAUUGCAGGGUGUGACCUGUGCAUGCUGGCUGAUCCUGAAAAGCCCUAAGAUGACAUCUACCGUGUUUCUCAGGAGUAUCCUGGAGGAGUGUGAUGAGGGUUCAUAUGUGGCAUUUGGAGUGAUGCUGGGCUACGUCGCAUUGCUAGCACUCGUGUGUUUUGUCUUUGCUUUCCAAGGACGCAAGCUUCCACAGAAAUACAAUGAGGCAAAAUUCAUCACAUUUGGUAUGCUCACCUACCUCAUCGCAUGGAUCAUUUUCAUCCCGACAUACGUCAACACAAGGGGGAAAUACCUCCCAGCUGUGGAGAUGAUUGUCAUCCUGAUCUCCAGCUAUGCUGUCUUGAGCUGCCACUUCCUCCCAAAGUGUUACAUUAUCUUAUUCAGGAAGACGCAGAACACCAGAGACGCCUUUGUUAGGAGCAUUUACGAAUAUUCCAAAAGGACUGUGGGAAAUCUGCGUCCACCACAAACAGAGAAAAAUGCACAGAAGACACCAUAUGCCACGUCCAACCCAAGUUUUGUUUCUGAAAACAUGACAUAGAAAAGCAAAUAAAAACUCACAUCCAGUUAAACACAAACAUCUUACAUUGUCAUGCUUUUAUUUUAGCAAUUAUUUUUAUUUCAUUUCAAAUGACACAGAGCAGAGAGAGAGGAAUUUAUACAGAGUGGGGGAAACAGACCAGCUAGAGGGUCUGAUUUCAAAACCCUCAAUUACAAAUCUCAAUUAAAAGCUCAUACCUGACACAAAAACAUCUCAGCUGAUCAACACUGAACUUUUCCUGUUCCUUUACAUGUUUGCCGCUGUAAAACAACGUUCACAUCACAUUCGUCUCUUUGGAGAAUUAAAGUAGCUGUAAACACGAGAAAUGGGAAAACGGAAAAAGUAACUAAUGCAGAGGUGAAGAUUUAAAACUGCUUCAGAAAACUUUCACACUCAAACUCAGCUUCAGACUUAAACACUGACAGAAGAAUAAAUAUAACACCACACACACACACACACACACACACACACAGCUGGUAUGAGUAUAGGUACAGAGUAUGGUCCUCUCAUUAUUACUUUUUACAGUUUAAUGUUAUUUUCUCGGUAAAUAUAAUUGCAGUUUAUUAUUUUUCAGUGAAGAUGUGUUCACAUUUGUUAAGAAGUGAUUUAUUAUAAAGAAAUAAAUUAGCAGUGAUUGUUAAAGAACUGUUGAAAAUUCUGAAUAAGGAAUGAAAUAAAGACAAAAAAACAGUGUGUGGUUUUGGUUUUGCCUCAAACUGGAUGUACUGGUCGAGUGAGGGGAAAAUCCUGUAACAUCAUCAUGAUACUCUUUACUCUCGGGUUCUUCACUGAUGAUGUCAUAAUCGUGUUUUGGCUGGAGGCCAUUUUUAGGGAAUUAAAUUUCAUCUCUUUUUCACAUUUCAGGCCUCUGACAGUAAAACACUCGAAUGGGU